AUGAAUGAGGAAUGCAUUAUAAGAAAACUGGUGGCAGAUGGUCACGGAUGUGGAGAUGACAAGCGAUUCGCAGUAUUGGCAUCGUUACUGAUCAAGUCGAUGAAGGAUCCGGAGACGGCUCAGAAUAAUUUACCACGAAUCAUGCAACUAUUGGACGCCGCUGAAACAUCACUGCAUAAGCAGAGGCUCAUCGCAACGAUGAAUGAAGAACAAAUCGAGAAAUACAAACGGAUGGCUCAAGAAAUUGAUAAUGAGAUUGUUUGUGCGCAUGAGAGGAUGCAAUCGGCCAAAAAGGAGCUGGAGGCAGCGAAGGUGAUUCGACGGAAUAAAGAGGAGUACGAGGCUCUGGCGAAUGUCAUACAGCAGUUUCCGUCACGUCAAGAUACGAAUAAAAAGUUAGAGGCAGUCAAGGAAGAUUUGGAAGCACAGCACGAAAGACAGCGAAAAUUGGAAGCGAAGGUAAGGCUGAAUUUUUUCCAGCUGUUACGCCUAGUUUUCGUUGAUUUCUUCUGUGACUUCACUAGCCGAACGGAGGAAUCAUCUGUACGCGUUCAGUAUUAUCCUAGCAAAUGUCAAUGCCUUCCUGAAAGAAGAAGAAGAAGGUAG